AUGUCGCUGUAUAAUGGAAUAACGUAUGCGAUGGCGGCGCCGGAUGGUGUCACGCCAAACAAAGAUAACCCAUACGAGGCGACGAGCUUAAUCACAAUUGUGGGCAUAUUCCUACCACUAUCGACAAUAACGAUGGCUAUUCGACUAUACACGAGAGCGAUUAUUUCUGGCAAAGUCGCAUUUGACGACUUGCUGAAUUAUGGCCUGGGCAAGAAUCUAUGGGAUGUACCUCUCCAGCCCGAUCUCUACCCGAAAUGGAUGAUCCGGAAUGUUGUUGCGGCCAUGGUGUUCUGCGCCGCCACCGGUUUGGCCAAAGGGUCGAUUUUACUCUUUUAUCUACGAAUUUUCCCAUCGAAAACAAUGAAAAUCGCGAUUUGGAGCGUCUUUGCGUUCACACUCGGUUAUUCAUUGGCCUCCGUUUUCGUCAAUGUUCUCAGCUGCAAUCCCAUCGCGGGAUCAUGGUCGCUCGAAGAAUCACUCAUUGCAGUCUGCAUCAACCGACCUGCCUUCUACUUUGCACAAGCCGGCUUGGGCAUCUUUACUGAUAUCGCAACUGUCGUCGUGCCUUUGCCAGCUCUGAAAUCACUACAGCUGCGCACAAAGCAGAAGGUCGGAGUCGCGUUCGUGCUGACUAUGGGUGCGUUUGUGUGUAUUGUCAGCAUUGUUCGUCUGCAGUCUUUGUAUGUCCUGCUGACCGACGCGGACUUGACGAGAAAUACCGUUACUGCGCUCAUGUGGUGCAUUCUCGAACUCAACCUCUCAGUAAUUGGUGGGUCCAUCCCAGCGCUCAAGCCGUUCGCACAACGUUUCUUCCCCAAGCUUUUGGGAUCGACCGGUCACAGCAAGGGUCGCAGUACUUCGGGUGCCUAUCCCUUACCCUCACACAACGGACGUUAUGGGGGUGGAAGUCACUUCUCAAGAACUGCCAACAACAAAUCGAAGGCCGAGGCGGACGACACGGGAAGCGAAGAAUAUAUCAUGCAUGGUCUCGCUGGAGCGCAGAUCAACAAGACUGUGCAAUUCGGCUAUACAGUGGAAGAGGUGCGGGACGAUGCACCACGACCGGGACAUGUCAAAGGCAAAGACUCGGCAAGCUCUAGCUCAGUCACAAUUGAGUCAAAGUAG